AUGGAGCAAAUGGGUUAAAAUCUUUUGAUGAAUAUGGUCAUUAGACCUCCAAGAAGUGCUUAUCCUGAUGACUCUCAUGAGAAUGACAGAGUGCUAACUUUGAAAAACGGUAUGAAAGUUGUAAAGAAGGUAUUUACAAUCACAAAUCCAAGCGGUUAAAAAUUAAGCUGCUCUAUGUACGAGAGAGCUGCUGAAUAAAGGCCAGCUGCUUAAAUGCCUUGUGUGAUCUAUUUACAUGGUAAUUCUGGUAACAAGAAUGAAGGAACUGCUUAUGUUGAGUUAUUACAAGAAGCAUGCACCAAUCUAUUAGCAUUUGACUUUAGUGGAUGUGGUAAUUCUGAAGGGGAGUGGGUAACUUUAGGAUGGAAAGAAAAGGACGACUUAGCUAGUGUCAUUUCUUAUCUUAAGGAGCUAGGUACAGUUUCUAAAAUUGGUCUCUGGGGAAGAAGUAUGGGUGCUGCUACAUCUAUUAUGUAUACUGCUGAGAAUAAUGAUAAGAUAUCAUGCUUAAUUUUAGAUUCAGGUUUCUCAUCCUUCUAAUCUAUUGUUAACCACCUAGCUUAGGAACAAUUUGGCCUCCCUAUUUAGUUGGUAGAUAUGAUGAUGGUAGGAGUGGGUAUUCAAGUUGCAUAAAAGACUGGUGGAAUGAAAUUGGAAGAUUUAAAACCGAUCAAGCAUGUGCCUAAUUGCAAGGUUCCAGCACUCUUCAUUCAUGGAAUAGAUGAUGAUUUCGUAAAGAUGUCUCAUUCAGAAGAAAAUUAUGAAGCUUAUGGUGGUGAAAUUAAGGAAGUUCAAUACUGCGACGGAGAACACAAUAGUGAAAGACCUUAAGAGACAUUGUAAUAUGCAGUUAACUUUGCAAAGAAGCAUUUGCUAAGUUGA